AUGGCUCUCUGGCACGGGACGGUCGCUUUCAUGUGGUCAACCCUUGCAUUUCUUUAUUUUGGCGUUGCGUUUGCUGCUGAUCCAGAACAUGCCAUAAACUACUUCAACAAUACACCAACCCGGUUGUUCUUUUUCGACGAGACCACUAAUGUGAUAUACCACGAUGCCAUCUUCGGGGACAUACAUGUUUCUCAGGACGAAGGCAAGACCUGGAAACGCGCAGAUGACAUACCAUCUGGCGAGGCUGCAAUGUUUAUUGAGCACCCAUUCGACAAUCGCGUGGCAUUCGUAUUAACAAAUUCUUACACACAUUACCGCACAGACAACCGCGGAAAGUCAUGGCGCACGUUCGACGUCCCUGAGCUAAUAGCCUACGUCCCAAAUCCACUCUCAUUCCAUUCAGAUUCCACGAAGUGGGAAUAUACCCUCUUCCAGGCUACCGAAUGUGACCAAAUUCCCUGGGGAGAGCGAUGUCGAGACGUGACAUACUACACCAAAGAUGGAUUCGCCUCAUCACCACAACUACUCCUAGAGGACGUCUCCCGUUGCCAAUUCGCUCAUAGUAGUAAGGACUUCAAACAUGACGCUCACGAAGACCUCAUCUACUGCGUCGCCUAUGACUCUUCCGCCAUGACUGGCUCGCACAACCUCGCAAGCAGUCGUCUGUACUCCAGCACAGACUUUUUUGCCACUAAGCAGAACGAAGACCUUGGCAUUGGCAAGAAUGCCAAGGGUGUCAUGGCAUUUGCGAUCGUGUCCAAGUUCGCCGUAGCUGCGCUCAAGGAUUUGACGCCCGGGAGCGACGGCGAUAUGCUGUUAUAUGUUACUGUGAACACCAAGGAGUGGGUCAAGGCACAGUUCCCCUCUGAGGUGCGCCUACGGGAGAACGCAUACUCCAUCGUCGAGUCUACGAUCCACUCUCUUGCAGUGGAUAUCGUCCUGCACAGUCCGAACCCCGGUACCCUGUUCGCUAGCAGUACACUGUUCGUCAGCAACUCCAAAGGCACCUACUUUGUUGAGAGUUUGAAAGACACGAACAGGAACAUGGCGGGGUACGUUGAUUAUGAGGACAUAUACGGCGUUCAAGGUGUUGGUAUCGCCAAUGUCGUUGUUAAUGCACAAGACGUUGAGGGGCGGAUGGCAGCCAAGCAAUUACGGUCGGUCAUUACAUUCGAUGACGCAGGUACCUGCUCCCAUUACGCAUGCUCGCUGCAUCUGCACUCGGUGACAGACACGCACAACUACGGCCCAAUUUUCUCGUCCCCCGCCCCUGGCUAUGUCAUGGGCGUGGGUUCAGUCGGAAUGACACUUGCACCAUAUGAAGAGAGCAACACCUAUAUCAGCACCGAUGCCGGCCUGACAUGGAAGAUGCUCCGCAAAGGCCCAUAUAAAUUUGAAUUUGGCAAUUUUGGAAGUGUCAUCGUCAUCGUCGAUGACCAGCAACCUACCGACUCCAGUCCUACAUAUAAUAUUGGCAUCCAAUUUCGUGUCAAGGGAUUAACUGCGGUAUCGGAUUCAACGUCUCAGAAUCCCAACAAUCUGACAAUGGCUGCGACGCUUGCCAUCUACCUCGACUUCACUACCCUCGGGCGUCCGGAGUGUGAUCCAAACGACAAGGAGUCAUGGUAUGCAAGAGUCAAUUCCAAAUCAGAGUGCAUCAUGGGUACCAAGCAAUGGUACAUGAGGCGCAAGGCUGACGCAGAUUGCUACAUGGGUGAGGUGUUCCAUGAUCCGGAAGUUCAUGACGAUAAGUGCUCAUGCGAGGAACAUGAUUAUGAGUGUGACUACAACUACGUGCGAAGCUAUGGUAAAUGUAUACCUUCGGGUCCAGAGCGCAUACCCAGCACCCAGUGUACCAUUGGGAAGCCCAACGAAAAGUACAUGGGUUCAUCGGGAUAUCGCAAGAUCCCUGGGAACAAGUGUGAGGGUGGCUCUCGCAUGGACAAGCCCAUCCCCAAAGAUUGUUUUGGAGCUGAACCUGUCGAAGGAGCGAUCGUUCGCCAGAUUCAUUCAUUCCCUGGUGAUAUUGUGCAGAGCGAGUAUUUCAAGGACUCGAAGACUGUCCUUGUCCGUCUUGCCGACCUCACAAUAUGGCAAUCUAGCAACGAGGGUUACACAUGGGAACAAAAGUUCCCAGAGGAGCGUUUCCUAGUGUUCUAUAUGCACACGCACAGCAACGAGCGCGCAUACCUUAUCACCGACUCCGAGAGAUUCUACCACACAAUAGACACAGGCCACUACUGGCACUCCGUUGAAGCGCCUUCGCCUCCCAACACCUUCGGGGCCCAAGUGCUUCACUUCCAGCCCAGGACAGAGUAUCUCAUCUGGAUCGGUAAUGUGGACUGCCAAUCGGGGUACGAAAACUGUCGCGCACAGGCCCAGUACACGUGGAAUAAUGGGCGGAAUUGGGAGUUGAUAGAGGACUACGUCGUUAACUGUGACUGGGCACGCGAUGAGGAGCUGCGGAUUGAUCCAUCUCAGAUCCUAUGCGAGUCGUAUGUGAACAAACAGGGCUCGCAAGUGUUUUUCGGGAGAGAUAAUGCAUUGCAGCUUGUGUCUGGGACGGACUAUUAUGCGACGAAGAAGAAGCUAUUCGACCAUGUCAUGGGGUUCACCAAGUUUUCAGAGUUUUUGAUCGUGGCUGAGUACCUCCCGAUGAGGGGCACGCUUAACAUCCAGGUCUCACUUGAUGGACGGACGUUUGCUUCUGGGAGCUUCUCUCCUGGCAUGCAUCCAGAUUCUCACGCAUACACUGUCUUCGAGUCGAGCACUAAAUCCAUCUUCCUACACAUGACCAUGAACGAAGUGCCAACGCCAUGGGGCAACAUCCUCAAAUCCAACUCUAACGGAACUUACUUUGGGCUGUCCCUCGAGAACGUGAACAGGAAUCUAGGCGGCUUUAUCGACUUUGAGAAAUUCGCGGGGUUGGAUGGCAUUGCGAUGGCUAAUAUAGUAGCCAAUCCUGCAGAGGCUGCGCUCAUGGGACGCAAGGCUCUGCAGACAAGGAUCACGCAUAAUGACGGUGGCACUUGGAAACCGCUUCUACCCCCUUCAGUAGAUUCGCUGGGUAUGAAGUACCCUUGUACAUCAGGCUGUACACUCCAUGUUCACGGGUAUACAGAGCGCUUUGACGCCCGGGCGACAUAUAGCAGCCCAUCCGCCGUCGGCGUGGUGAUGGCAGUCGGAAAUGUGGGUGAUUCGCUCGCCACCUACACCGAAAGCGAUACCUUCCUAUCCCGGGAUGGCGGGUUCACAUGGGAAGAAGUGCAUAAGGACGCCCAUCUCUGGAAGUUCGGCGACUCAGGAUCUGUCAUUGUGAUCGUAAACGACAAAGAGCCGACGGACCACAUCCUGUUUACCACAGAUGAGGGUCUCACUUGGCGAGAAUUCAAGUUUACGACUGAGAAGAUCAGAGUGAGAGAUAUUAUGACGGUGCCGGAGGAUACAAGCCGGAAGUUUCUGCUCCUGGGUCGUUAUCCCGCGACGGCUGGCUCGGUGAUCGUGUACUUGGAUUUCUCAUCUCUCACGCAUAGGAAAUGCCUCGUGGAUGUGGAACAUCCUGGACAUGAUGACUUCGAGCUGUGGAGCCCCAGCGAGGAAAGAGACUCACUUUGCUUGUUCGGACGACAGACGCUCUACCAUCGCCGCAAACGAGAUGUAAACUGUGUUGUUGGAGACACGCCCAAGGUACUAGAUAAGACCGUGCGGAACUGCAGAUGUAGGCUGGAGGAUUUCGAGUGGUGA